AAUGAAAAACCUCACGGAAGUGCUGUAUAAGUUCUACGAUGAGUACGCGCACAAAACGCCCAAGAAGCUGAAAAUCGUCGACGCCUACUUGCUGUACAUUCUGCUGACCGGCAUCACGCAGUUUGUUUACUGCUGCCUCGUUGGAACAUUCCCGUUCAAUUCGUUCCUGGCUGGGUUUAUCAGCACGGUGAGCUGCUUCGUGCUGGGUGUCUGCCUGCGCCUCCAGUCUAACCCACAGAACAAGGAACAGUUCCUUGGAAUCUCGCCCGAGCGUGGAUUCGCAGAUUUUGUGUUCGCUCACAUAAUUCUUCACCUGGUUGUGUUCAACUUCAUUGGAUAAAGGAAAUCCCAGUGGCGAUGAGCUGCAUUGUGGAUGCAUUUAGAUGUUGUAAGUUGAUAAAAUUAAAUCGGUAAAUACAGAAGC